UGCUCGUUAGCUUCUUCGGUUCUCAACCUUUUUAUAACAUAUUUCUAGCUACAAUUUCGCACCGAUUCCUCUCCGUUCACUCGCUCUUAAUAUUUUUUUCCCCUUAAAACCACUCGCUCGAAAGAUCAAACUCUGCCUCUCCUCGGUCCACUUCUCCUUUCGGCUCACCGCCAUUAUCCCAAAACUUGCUUGUAAAACCCACUUUCUCUUCUUCUUGCCCAUUCUACAACCAUAACAUCGCCUCGGAAGAAAGCUUAGGUCCUUUUAUUAUUCUUCUUUCAGGCUAAUCCUCCUAAAGAAAGAGCAAGCAGAGGUCUGUUUCUGAGUAGACGCUGAGACGUGCUAAGGUUUGGAUGGUAUUCAAAACGCGACUGCAACGAGCACUUGGAGUCUUUUUUUUUUUGACUGAAUUUGCUCGAUUUGCAGAGAUUGUAGGGUGAAAACGCGGUCGUUUUAUUUAUUGAUUCGAAGUUUUAAUAUGACCUGAAUUUUGUGUUUGCGAGAAAGAGAGAAGAAGAAUUCUGUCAAAGCUCAUAAAAAGCGGUCGUUUUUUCUGCUUGGAGCAGUGAAGUCCGUGAAAAAAUGCCUCACAGAACGACUUACUUCUUCCCCAGGCAAUUUCCGGAUCGGUCCGGAUUCGAUGUAUCUUCUAAACAGCUGUUGGAUCACGAGAAGAAGAAGCUUGUCAAAGAUACUUUUAACAUCGAAAAUGACCACCGAAAUGACUCCUCUACAGUUGGCAAGACUAAAUCGCCAACGCCAACUACGACUGCUACUACGCCAACUACUGUAUCCGAUCUCUUCACGAGCAGCGAUGACGAAAAGUAUCAUCAAAAGAAGAAUCAGUUUGGCGAAGACGAUAAGUUCCAAAAGAAGAAAAAGCAACUUGCUGCCUUUUAUGACUGGCUCGCCGAGAAAAAAGCUGACCGAUCGGCUUCUCGCGUCAAGUUAAAAAGAUUAUCGUUUGAUGAUGAGGAUCGCCAGCUCUUGAUUGCUGCGGAACCUCCAGCGCCGGAGCCGGAGGUGAUUCCGGAGAUUAUUGAGGAGAGGGAUGUUGAUCGCAAUUUCGAUCGUCAGGUGUCCUUGCCGAGACUGUCCAGUGGUAGUAGCUAUGCGGGUAGCUUGUUCUCGGGGACUACAUUGGACGGGAACUUUUUGAGCGAUGUUAAGGACACUGCGACGACCUUCACGAGGCAGGAAAGGGUGCAGGAGGAGGAAGAGGAGGAGGAAGUGGUGGUGGUAGAGGAGGAGAAGGAGGAGAAGAAUGAUGAGAAGGCGGCGCAGAGGACACGAGAAACUUACCAUUUGCAGCUUGCUUUAGCUAAGAGGCUUAGUUAUCAAUCUGGCCUUGCUAGUGAGUUUGUGCUUUUACAGGAGGGUGGGCCUGAGUCCUUCGAUGCAGAAACCGUAUCUUAUCGCCUCUGGGUUAGUGGAUGCUUAUCAUACAGCGACAGAAUAUCGGAUGGAUUCUAUAAUAUUCUUGGGAUGAAUCCGUAUCUGUGGGUUAUGUGCAAUGAUGAAGAGGAAGGAAGACGAUUGCCCCCUUUAAUGUCCCUCAGAGAAAUUGACACCAGUGAGACAUCAAUGGAGGUGGUUCUCGUUGAUGGGCGUGGCGACUCACGCCUUAAGGAGUUAGAGGAUAAGGCUCAUGAGAUCUAUUGUGCUUCAGAAAAUACGUUGGUGUUAGUGGAGAAACUGGGAAAACUGGUUGCUAUUUGCAUGGGGGGAACUUUCCCGGUGGAGCAAGGUGAUCUUCAUAAACGCUGGAAAGUUGUUAGCAGGAGAUUGAGGGACUUCCAUAAGUGUAUUGUUCUUCCUAUUGGUGGCCUAUCCAUGGGACUUUGCAGGCAUCGUGCAAUUCUAUUCAAGAAAUUGGCAGAUUACAUAGGUUUGCCAUGUCGGAUAGCUCGAGGCUGCAAGUAUUGUGCAGCAGAUCACAGGUCUUCUUGCCUUGUCAAAAUUGAGGACGACAGACAGUUGUCAAGGGAAUAUGUGGUUGAUCUAGUUGGGCAGCCAGGAAAUGUCCAUGGUCCAGAUUCCACUAUCAAUGGAGGGUUUAUAUCUUCAAUUCCAUCACCAUUUCAAAUUUCUCAUUUGAAAGAGUUUCAACAUCCGUACAUGGAUAAAGCAUCUUGUCAGAUUCUAGGCUCAAAGAAUUCAUGGGCUUUGACAGAAAAUCCUCUAUGUUCAGGCAGGGAAGGAGGAGGCCCACAAACAAGGGGGAAUCUCAAGUUUUCCUCUUAUGUUCCAGUUGAUCAAACCUCUCUUGGAAAUGAGUCAUCUCUGGUUCCUUUGGAUUUAACGAGGAAUGUGGAACCUCUUGAUGUAGCAGGGCAAUCUAUGCUCGAAAGUUCUAGCCUAGAACUUGAAGCAGAUCAAGUUGUAAUACAACAAACUUACAAAAAGCAGAUUGUGGUGUCUGGAAAUCCAAUAAUUGACAAUGUUGGCAAGCAAACUAAAGUGAACUUUUCCUGUCAGUCAGAUGUGAUGGAGGUGGAGAGUAGGCUUCACAAUCAAGGAAGAUUACCUGCUGCAACUGUUCCGAGAUAUUUGAAUCUUGAACCUUCACUUGCAAUGGACUGGCUUGAGAUCUCAUGGGAUGAAUUACAUAUCAAGGAGCGUGUUGGUGCUGGUUCCUUUGGGACAGUGCAUCGUGCUGAAUGGCAUGGAUCGGAUGUUGCUGUCAAGGUUUUAACUGUUCAAGAUUUUCAUGAUGAUCAGUUAAGGGAGUUUUUAAGAGAGGUUGCAAUAAUGAAACGUGUUCGUCAUCCAAAUGUGGUUCUCUUCAUGGGUGCUGUUACAAAGCGUCCUCAUCUAUCAAUUGUGACAGAGUACCUGCCUCGGGGUAGCCUAUACCGCCUAAUACACAGGCCUGCUGCUGGGGAAAUGCUGGAUCAGAGGCGGCGGUUACGAAUGGCACUGGAUGUGGCAAAGGGCAUCAAUUAUCUUCAUUGUCUGAACCCUCCUAUUGUUCACUGGGACCUUAAAUCUCCAAAUUUGUUGGUUGAUAAAAAUUGGACAGUAAAGGUGUGUGACUUUGGGUUGUCUAGAUUUAAAGCAAACACAUUUAUAUCAUCAAAAUCAGUAGCUGGAACACCCGAGUGGAUGGCUCCGGAAUUCCUUCGUGGAGAGCCCUCAAAUGAGAAAUCUGACGUCUAUAGCUUUGGAGUCAUCUUAUGGGAGUUGGUCACCAUGCAACAGCCUUGGAAUGGACUUGGUCCUGCGCAGGUGGUUGGAGCUGUAGCUUUCCAAAAUAGAAGGCUUGCCAUACCGCAAAAUGCCUCCCCUGUGUUGGCUUCUCUUAUGGAAUCUUGCUGGGCCGAUGAUCCAGCUCAACGCCCAUCUUUCGGCAGUAUAGUGGAGUCGUUGAAGAAGUUGCUGAAGUCUCCACUCCAGUUGAUACAGAUGGAGAGCAAAUAAUGAAAGAGUACUUCCACCAAAACCAGUUAAUAAUUGGUGUGGGAUAUAUUGGGAGCAUUCUGAACAGAUUUCAGGGAUCUAGUCUACAACUAGUAAUGGUAAACCUCUACAGUUAUGUACCCACUAACAGAACCUUUUCGAUUCCAGGCAACUGUAGAUUUGUUACUCAUCUAACUGAUUUGCAAGGCAACUGAACUCAUGAAAGCGGAACCUGCAGGUUAAGAAUGCAGGGUUGCUCCUUCUGUAUUUGUAUAGGUAUGAGUAGCCUCUCUCAUGAGUUAUAUUUUAAAAUCAUUGCUAAUCUGAAUUGUCAGAGAACAGUUAUGUAUUUUGUUUGUAACUAAAACUGCAAUUCUGGGCUGUAUCGAGGAAGUUCCUUCAUCAUGUUCGUACAUAUAUUUGCAGGAUUAUGUAAUAAUACAAAACCGAAAUUCCUUCCCAUA